AUGAAGCUGCUGGUUCCAAGUCUUCUGGUUAUCCUCAGUUUAGCUCUUGGUCUAGCAGAAAUCAGUCCAAGUCUAUCCAAGGUUUGUUCGAGGAGUGACCCACAGCGACAAAAGUGCAUCACCGAUGUAGUGCAUGAGCUUCGAUCGAAUCUGGCCGCGGCAAUGCUUGGCGAGGGACGCAAAGCUCCAAAGCUGGACCCAGACGACUUAUCAAAAAAUAGUUUCGAUUUUCGCUUAGAUAUUCCGACGCUGUAUGGCAAAGGAAGAUACGAUUUGAAGAUGAACGUGUUGUUCGUUCCGGUGAAUGGAAAAGGAUUUUUCAACAUGACACUAAUUGACACGAUUGCCGACAUGAAGACGAAAUACUUCCUUGAGCAGAGAGGCGAUAAAAAGUUCGUAAAAUUUAGUCCGGUCGAUAUCAAACUGAAGUUCAACAAGGCCCAGUUUUAUAUGGAAAAUUUGGGAGAUUUCGCCAACGGUGCUAUCAAUGCCAAUCCGUCGUUGCUGUUGGAUCAAGUCAAACCGGGCAUUGAGUCACAUUUGAUGAGCUCACUAACAAAAAUGGCUAACGCUCUCGUCGAUGGUGCCGAAGAACACGAGAUUCUUUUACCCUGAGAAUUAAAAUGAUAUUUCUUAUAAGGAUCAGUGAACAGUACAGUACUGAGUCUAGGAGUUACUGACAAGUGCAAUAUUGAAAUAAAGUGUCGGGAGAAGUUUAUAUAAAAAUGGUUUUACGCACUUGUUCUAAUGCUAUUAUUAAAACUAACUAUUAGUCAAUUCUAAAUUAUCACUACUGCUAUCCUAACGAAUCUAGUGAAUUUAAAUGUAAACUUUGCGUCACUUAUCAGAAUAUUUGGAACACUUAAUAAAAUAAAAGAUUCCAGUUGUAUGUGUCCCAGCCCCGCCUCAAUGCAAUGUUUGCCUCAAAUGAAAUCAAAUACUACAGA